AUGGCGGCGUCCAGUAACGCGGAGCAUUCUCCAGAGAUAUCGACGCCGUUAAAGAUACCGAAAACCGAGGUGCCAUCCCCCGAGUCGGAGGAUUUGAGUGACAGUAAUCAAUACCACUCCAAUCCCUCGACGCCUAACCGCUUCUCGCCUCUGAACGUGGGCUCGGGGACCGCGGGCCGGACGGCGGCCUCAUCCUCCUCCAACAGCUUCACGGCUUGCCGAGGGAUGUCGUGGACGCCGUCCGAGACGAACGCCCUGAUCGCGGUGUGGGGCAACGAGAGGUUGACGGAGGCGAGGAUGCAACAGCUGGAGGUGGCCGGCACCGUGUUCUCCGGCAAGGCCCCCGGUCCGGCCAUGUACGAGCGGGUGUCCAGAGCCCUGUCGGAGCUGGGAUACGAGCGGACCCCGUCCCAGUGCCGGGAGAGGAUGAAGACACUGCGGCGCUGCUACAGCCGCGUGAAGGAGCACGGCAUCGGCAAGAGGAAGAGCAGCUACACCAUAGAGCAGCUGGAGAAGGUGUUCGGUCAGGGAGGCUGGGACUCCCAGAGCUGUGCACCCGUGCUGAUCAACAGCAGUGGGCUGUAUCAGGAGAUGGAGUCUGAUGGCAGCACCCUGGAGGACUUCUCCCAGGAGGACUGGUGCAACCAGGUGCUGGACUCGGCAUUCCAGGAGGGAGACAUGGAGACUGAAGAAAUCCAGGUGCCUAAAAACCGAGCUCUACAGAUUCAAGCAGAGCUGUCAGAACAAACCCAAAAAAGGGACAUGAUGCAGACUGUGAUCCGUAUUCUCGAGUCGGUGCAGCUGAAAUGGGAGCACUUCCAGACGUGGACUGAGUUCUCACGGCUGCAUCUCUCCAACAAACUGGCCAUCUUCGGUGUGGGCUACAACACGCGCUGGCGUGAGGACGUGCGUUACCACUACGCCGAAAUCAGCUCACAGGUGCCGCUGGGCAAGAGGCUUCGGGAGUACUUCAACCCGGAGAAGCCGGAGGGCCGGAUUAUCAUGACCAAAGUUCAGAAGAUGAACUGGAAGAAUGUCUACUACAAGUUCCUGGACAUUACCAUCAGCGAGGCGCGCUGCCUGGAGCUGCACAUGGAGGUAGACUGGGUCCCUGUGUCCCAGUCCAGACCUACAGGCUGCAGCAAAGGAGCCUCCCACUACCUCCUGCCUGGGGACAUCCCUAAGGCAUAUGGACUAUACGCUGUUGGCUACGAGGCAGUGUUGUCCUCCAGUGACGCUGCUCAGACCUCUCCCCAGGGUAAUAGCGAAGAUAAUAGCUUACCUCAGUGCGGCUCAGAAAACGGGGCUCCGAGUCAGUCUGACGGAGAAGGAGCAGGACAGAGUGACAGGACUGGAACAAAGGUCACUUACUGCUACCUGGGCAUAGCUGAGGACAGGACCAUACAGCAGUGUCUGUUCCAGCACUUUCAGGGUUCUGGCAAACACUACGUCCACGGAGAACCCUCCAGUGUGACACGUUUCCUGCAAGAGAACUGUCGCACUGCCAGAACAAGUCAGAACGGCGAGGGAGGCGAAGACUCGCCUCAGCGUUUUGCAAUUUACAUAAAGUUCAUAGAGGUGGAGCUGGACUUCCUCUCAGCAGGCUCCCUGGUGGAGUGUCUCGAAACUGCUGUUGGUUAUUCCUUGAAGUACAACAACAAAGAAACGUUGUAACUACCACUCAGUGUUGGGAUUUGUACUGACUUCACAUAUAACUAACAAAUGUUACAGCCAACAAGGCAACAUGGAAGGGUUCAGUCUGUUCUAAAGCAUGGAUGUGUUCAAGAGUCUUUCCUA